GUGAAGAAAAAGAAAAGGAAGGAAGCUAGCAGCAGCAGCAGCAGCAGGCGGCAGAAGCUAAUCACCAGCAACGACCGGACGUGAACUUUAGCUGUAACGUUAGCUCUCAACUUUACUGAGAGUAAAAAAAAAAAAACUAAACCCAGGCAGCAGCAGUGUCCCUUCAGUCUAGUUCAGUCAGAGGAAACAAGGAAGUGAACAGCUGACUGAUUUCCAGUUGUUUUCCGCCGGUAAAGGAAAACUGUGCACAGAUGACCGUGGGGUUUCCGGUGUGAAGAAGCGUCUCCAGAGUGGGACAUGCUAUCUCUCAGAGUCAGACCUCCUCUGUCCUGACACAGGGAGUUGUACAACCAGGAUCUUGACUGUCUACCUCAACACAAGUGGAGUCCACUCCCUUUGUUCUCCCUUUUAGGACUUCCACCACUCUUUUUCUACCUCAACACAUACUGUACAUACACGGACGCACGUAGCUGUUAUCAGCUGGCUCAGAAACACCAACAGACCCUUGACUUUAUCGCUAGGCUUUCAGGAGUCCGUCAUCUAGCGAUGGUGUAACACAGUUGACUGGGUUUCUUCCUGCUUAGCUGCUUGAGGAGCCAGCCUAAGCAGCCAUGUUACACAGGGGUUUGUGAUGUCCGAGCCCUGCAACGGACCAGGACCAGGAGCAGGGGAAGGUCAAAGAGACGUUCCUCGGUUUAUGGUUGGCUGUGAAGAUGAUGAGCAGGACAUGGGUCAAAUGGAGACAGGCAUGAAGAAUGAGAUGUUUCGAGAAGAGGAAAUGGAGGAUGAUGAUGAGUCGCCACCCGAGCGUCAGAUUGUGGUCGGCAUAUGUGCCAUGAUGAAGAAGUCCAAAUCCAAGCCCAUGACUCAGAUCCUGGAGCGCCUUUGUAAGUUUGACUACAUCAACAUGGUCAUCUUUCCCGAGGAGGUGAUACUGGAAGAACCUGUGGAGAAAUGGCCCCUCUGCGACUGCCUCAUCUCCUUUCACUCCAAAGGUUUCCCUCUGGACAAAGCUGUGGAGUACGCCAAACUCAGGAAUCCACUGCUCAUCAAUGACCUCAACAUGCAGUAUUUCAUACAGGACAGGAGGGAAGUGUACCGGAUCCUACAGGAAGAGGGCAUUGACCUACCUCGUUAUGCUGUGUUAAACCGAGACCCUGACAACCCCGAAGUCUUACCGUGUGCAGAGUGUAACCUGGUGGAGGGGGAGGACCAUGUUGAGGUGAACGGGGAGGUGUUCCCUAAACCCUUUGUGGAGAAACCUGUGUGUGCCGAGGACCACAAUGUCUACAUCUAUUACCCAACAUCUGCUGGAGGGGGCAGCCAGAGACUCUUCAGAAAGAUAGGGAGUCGUAGCAGUGUGUACUCCCCAGAAAGCAGUGUGCGAAAGACUGGAUCCUACAUCUAUGAGGAGUUCAUGCCCACAGAUGGUACUGAUGUGAAGGUUUACACAGUGGGUCCAGACUACGCCCAUGCAGAGGCCCGCAAAUCUCCUGCCCUGGACGGAAAAGUAGAGAGGGACAGUGAGGGGAAGGAGAUCCGCUACCCCGUCAUGCUGACCGCCAUGGAGAAACUGGUGGCCCGCAAGGUCUGCAUGGCCUUCAAGCAAACAGUGUGUGGGUUCGACCUGCUCAGAGCCAACGGCCACUCCUUCGUCUGUGAUGUUAACGGCUUCAGCUUCGUCAAAAACUCCAUGAAGUACUACGAUGACUGUGCCAAAGUCCUGGGGAACAUGGUGAUGAGGGAGUUAGCCCCCCAGUUCCACAUCCCCUGGUCCAUCCCCAUGGAAGCCGAAGACAUUCCCAUCGUCCCAACAACCUCAGGAACCAUGAUGGAGCUGCGCUGUGUUAUUGCCAUCAUCCGCCAUGGAGAUCGCACACCAAAGCAAAAGAUGAAAAUGGAGGUCCGACAUCCUCUAUUCUUUGAGUUGUUUGAGAAGUAUGGAGGCUACAAGUCAGGAAAACUAAAGCUGAAGAAGCCAAAACAGCUGCAGGAAGUGCUGGAUAUCGCCCGCCUGCUGCUGGUUGAACUGGGCCAGCACAACGACUGUGAGAUUGAGGAGAAGAAAUCUAAACUGGAGCAACUCAAGACUGUCCUGGAAAUGUACGGUCAUUUUUCAGGUAUCAACAGGAAAGUCCAGCUGACCUACCUACGUAACGGCCAACCCAAAGCCUCAAGCGAAGAAGAAGAUUCUAAGAAAGACGGUCCAUCUCUGCUGCUUGUGUUGAAGUGGGGCGGAGAGCUGACGCCUGCAGGCCGGGUUCAGGCUGAGGAGCUGGGCAGGGCCUUUCGCUGCAUGUACCCUGGAGGUCAAGGGGACUAUGCUGGGUUUCCAGGCUGUGGCCUCCUGCGCCUGCAUAGCACUUACCGCCACGACCUGAAGAUCUACGCCUCUGACGAAGGCAGGGUGCAGAUGACAGCUGCCGCUUUCGCAAAGGGACUGCUGGCUCUAGAAGGAGAGUUGACUCCAAUCCUGGUUCAGAUGGUGAAGAGUGCCAACAUGAACGGACUGCUGGACAGCGACAGUGACUCUCUGACUGACUGCCAACAGAAGGUGAAGGCCAGGCUGCAUGAAAUCAUGCAGAAGGGCCAGGAGUUUACACAGGAAGACUAUCAGAAGUUAGCACCAACUGGCAGCCCAUCACUGGUGAACUCAAUGAAGAUCAUACAGAAUCCAGUCAAAACCUGUGACAAGGUGUACGCCCUCAUCCAGAGUCUCACCUCACAGAUCCGCAAGAGACUGGAGGAUCCCAAGUCUGCAGAUCUGCAGCUUUACCACAGCGAGACAUUGGAGCUGAUGCUGCAGCGCUGGUCCAAACUGGAGAGAGACUUUCGCAUGAAGAACGGCCGCUACGACAUCAGCAAGAUCCCGGACAUCUACGACUGUAUCAAAUACGACUCGCAGCACAACGCCUCGCUUGGAUUGGAGGACACGCUGGAGCUGUUCAGACUGUCCCGAGCCCUGGCUGACAUAGUCAUACCACAGGAGUAUGGCAUCAGCAGAGAAGAGAAACUGGACAUCGCUCAGGCUUACUGUGUCCCUCUAAUGAAGAAAAUCCAGCUGGACCUGCAGAGGACCCAUGAGGACGAGGCCGUUAACAAGCUGCACCCCCUGUAUUCUCGUGGCGUGAUGUCUCCUGGUCGUCACGUCCGCACACGUCUCUACUUCACCAGCGAGAGCCACGUUCACUCCCUGCUCAGCGUCUUCCGCUACGGAGGACUGCUGGACGAGGAGAAGGACCAGCAGUGGAAACAAGCAAUGGACUACCUGAGUGCUGUGACUGAACUCAACUACAUGACACAGAUAGUCAUUAUGCUGUAUGAAGACAACAAUAAGGACCCCUCCUCAGAGGAGCGUUUUCAUGUUGAGCUUCACUUCAGUCCAGGAGUUAAAGGGUGUGAAGAUGAGGAAAACGUACCUCUUGGCUUCGGCUUCCGCCCAGCUUCCUCAGAGAAUCAAGACAAAAAGCCCAAUCAGGGCAGUCUGGAGGAUCUCUCCCAGGACCAGCCAGACCAGGCACUUCAUGUCUCUGAACCAAUCAACAUCCAGCGAAGGUCCCCCAUGAUCCGCAACCGCAAGACAGGCUCCAUGGAGGUCCUCUCUGAGACCUCUCCCAUCCAGUCCUCCAAAGGCUGCACAUCCCACCGACUCUUCCCCUCGUGUUCACAUCAGUCUCCUGAGAUCAAACCAACCAUUGGCCUAGGUGGGCACCUCAUUGCUGGCUCGCACUGCUCUGGCCUCUUCAGUGCCUCCGCCCUCGGGGUGUCCAGUAGUGCCCCCAACCUGCGAGACUACGUCCGCACGCACCACCACCACCAUCGAAAACCACCUCUGUCACCUGGCAGUCUGCCGUGCCAGAGUGGCAUGUUCGAGCUGUUCUCUAUGCCGGCAGUAAAGAGAUUUUCUGUGUCGUUUGCCAGGCAUCCGACUAAUGAGCCCUCAGACGAGCUCCGUGUAGUCCAGCUGCUGGUGGGGCUUCCCGCUGAGCCGGCCCCGCUGGGGUUUGCCCCUCCGGCUGUGGAUGGGGCCAUGGCCCACCACCUGCUCCACUGUCCAUACCACCUCCACCUCCUCAAGACCUGGCUGAUGUCUGGUCAGGAGCUACCAGAAUCCCUCCACGGGUUUGAAGGCUGCUCCAUGGUGCCCUCUAUCUACCCACUGGAGACGCUGCACAACUCGCUGUCUCUGAAGCAGGUGGACGAGUUCCUCAACACGGUGUGUGAGAGCAGCAGCGAUGCCCAUGCCAAAACCAUGAAAGCGCUCUCCGGCCUGUUUGACUCUCAGAGCCAGACAUCUCUCUACAGCCCCCAGCAGCCUCUGUCCUCAUCUGGAUCUGAAACCUCUCUUCGACCGCCAAGCCAGCCUCUAUGGCAUGGCAGUAUCCCAUCCAGUGCUGUAUCCAGUGCCGGCCCCUCCUCCCCAAUCACAGAGAGCUCCGGCCUGAACUUCAGCUUCAGUGAGUAGACAAGAAACACAAGGACUUCUGGGUAUCUAAGGGCACGAUCUGAAGACCUCGUUUUGUCCAUCUCUUCGUGCUUUUAUUCAUCUGUUCCUCUGUCCUUCUGCUCACAUUCACAAAAAAACACUGGAGGAGAUGCUGAUUCUGGAGAGAGGCCACUCUGCCUCGGGUAUUACAAACACUCAGACUGUAAAUAUAACCUCUCAAACUCUACAUGGACUCUUGUGGCGCACCCCAACUUCAGCUUGACACAUCUGAUCACCACACCUUCCCUGCUCCGUAAAGAGACAAAGCACUGGACCUUCAACAGUUCAAAAUCUCUCGUCACCUCGAUCCUCCUCUUCAGUUUGUCGACAUAAACCAGCUCUGGCAAACAGUGCAUCAUUCAACAUUCAAGCCAACAUUCAGACCAGUUGUGCCUUUAGUUUAAUUUAAAUGCUACCUAUGGUAAAACAACAACAGUGCUGUUUUUUUUUGUUUUUUUUUUUUUUUUUAAGCCCAGAUGCAGUUUUUUUUUGUACCUCAAUUCUGACCUUAGACAUGUAUGACUGAAAUGCAUUACAGUCCUUUGUGUCCUUUUUUUUGUUUUGGUUUUGUUUCACUGUUGUGUUACAGCAAUGUGGCUAGCCAAUCACAGCCCACCCUGAUACAAAACGGGCUGUUGUUUUUGAAGUGAAAUUUAGUAACAUUUGACCGCUCUGACUUAGUUUGUGUGUUUCAGCCACACAGGAAUAGUCUGACAUUUUGGCAAAUACACUUGUUCACUUUCUUGCUGAGAGUCAAGAUGAGAUGAUUCAUACCACUCACUUCACAUCUGUCCGUUAAAUGUUAAGCUGCAGCCGGUUAGCUUAGCUUAGCACAAAGAUUGGAAACAGGGGGAAACCUCUAGCCUGGUUCUGUCCAAAGGUAACAAAACAGCAGCUCUAAUUAAUACACUAUAUCUUGUCUGUGUAAAAACAACAGUUUGUGGUUUUACGGUGGGUUAUGUGCCAGACUAUUUCCUGGCUGGGUGCAGUAACUUACUUCUUCACAAGUUGUCAUUUAUACACUACAGUUUUUAUUUGAAUUAAACAAAUGGAAUAUAACAUGUUAAUUAUUGAGCUUUAGAGGUGUUGGUAAGCAGAUUUUAUUACAUUUGGACAGAGCCAGGCUAUCGCUUUUUCUCUAUUUCCAGUGUUUAUGCUAAGCUAAACUAACCACAUGCAGGAUUUAUCUUCAUAUUAAGUGUACAGAAAUGAGAGUAAUCUUCUCAUCUAAUUCUUAAGAAAGCAAAUAAGUAGAUUUCCCAAAAUGUCAAAGUGUUCCUUUAAGACUAUGUACACAUUAUUUAACACUGCACGUCUGGUUUAUAAAAAUGAAUCUACUUUUAAAAAGUUGCAGAUUAAAAACUUAAGGAAUGGAUCUUAUUCUGAGACCAAUUUGAACUUAAAUCAAACUGUUAAAGGGGCAGGUGCAGCCCAAAAAUUGCCUACUGUAAUAUACAAAGAUCAUGCAAACAUCAGGAAACUCAAACUUUUAUGAUUUCAGAUAUUACAAACUAAAUAUUCUCAAGAACCUGGAGGGAUUUUGGUUUUUAAAAUUAUACAUUUGGUCCAAGUUAGCUUGGUACCUGCUACAAGGUGUGGUACUUUUAGUUCACUCCAUACAACCAAAAUAACAAGUUUUUUUUUUAUAUAUACAGGUAUUUGUAUAAUGUAAAAUGCGAGCCAGCUUGAUCAAACUGUAUUCGUCUUGUCAAUAAUUGUCUGCUGUUAAAUGGAAACACAAUUUAUCUGUAAAUGUGCCUUUAAAUGACUUGAGAGAAACAUUCAAGAGAGUAUUGUCGACACUGUGGGUUUCCUGCUGUAUUUUUAUUACUUUUUCAUUUUGGGGGGUUACAAAUCAAAAUUGAUUUCAAGAAAAUCUGUUGUGUAGUUUUCUUUUAGAAUUAAAGGGAAGAACCACUUGAUUUAAGUAAAUAGUAUAAAUGUACUUUUACCUAAUGACGACUACCUGACGAGUGUUCUCAGUUGAUGCUGAAUUCUCAGACUGUUUGUGUCUGCAGUUUGCUGUCACACCAAAUGAAGUGUAUUUUAAUGUUAAAUUAAUCAAGUGACUGUUUCUAAUGAUUUAAUGAGUGAUACUCAGGUAGACAUAUCAUGAAUCUGCAGAUGGAAAGUGGUUUUGUGACUGAACUGGGGGUCACUUCACUUUCAAUUAUUUUUGAAAAGGAAUAAAUUCGGUGGUGAAUUUACAUCAAAGAAA